ACCAUCCCUUCUCUGCUCCAACCAUCUUCUUGCCAUCGCCGCUUCACAGUCCUUCCCCCUUCUUGCCUCUCCUUACCUCUCCCCACCUCAUUCUUCCUCUUCUUACAUAUCUUUACCUCUCUCCAUGCCUCCCCACCUCUCCUUAUUCCUCUCAGACGCGCCUUCCUCCACGGCCAGCAUCAUUGCCACCACCAUCAGCGUCACCACAGUGACUGCAGCAGCUCUCUCGGCCCUCUACUCGCUCUCCUCCUCCGCCCUCACCACGCGCGGCCUCCUCCCCCCCAUGCACGGCCGCCUGCCCCUCUCCCCGUCCAGGAACCUGCUGGUGAGUGUAGUGCAUGAGCAUCCCCCCCCUUUUCCCAUUGUUGAGUGCGUCACCACAGUGACAGCAGCAGCCCUCUCAGCACUCUACUCGCUCUCCUCCUCCACCCUCGACACGCGCGGCCUCCUCCCUCCCAUGCACGGCCGCCUGCCCCUCUCCCCCUCCAGAAACCUGCUCGUGACACGUCUGGACAUGCAUCUCUGCUCCCUCAUUGGAAUCCACGGUCGAGUGUACUGUUGCGGUGUGGCGUGCGGGUCUGAUGCUGUGGAGCGACACCUGAGAGAGAGGAGAGGCACUGUGACAAGGGGAAGAGGUGGGAGUGUGAUACUUGAGGAGAGUGAGGAGGUGAGAGAGGAGAGGAAUGAGGAGAGUGAGGAGGUGAGUGAAGGGGAGAAUGAGGAGAGUGAGGAGGUGAGUGAGGAAGGGAAUGAGGAGGAGAGUGAGGAGGUGAGUGAGGAGGAGAGAUGGGAGAGGAAUCGGGAGAGGGGGGACGAGGGGAUUGGGGAGAGUGUAGAGAGGAGUGAGGAGAAGAGUGAGGAGGAGAGAAGGGAGAGAGGAGAGGAGUUUGUAGAGGGGAGCGAGGAAGAGAAUGAGGAGGAGAGCGAAGGGGGGAUUGAGUCGAGUGAUGAGGAGAGUGUGGAGAGUGAAGAGGGUGGAAGAAAGGGUGGUGGACGGGAGGAAGGGAGAGGGUGGGGCAGCAGGAAGGGUGGAGUGGAGAGAGAUGAGAGGGGAGUGCAGGGGCUGUCGACUAUGAGGUGGAAGAGGAGGGGGGCGUCGAGGGGGAGAGGAAGGUGGUUGCGAGAGAGAGUCGGCGCAUGGGGGGAGAGGAUGGGAGGAGUGUGGCGUGGCAGAGGAGGGGAGGAGGCAGCACUGUGGAAGGUCGUGCAGAGGUGGGUGUGGGGAGGGAUAAGAGGGGGUGCUGGGAAUGGAGGGCCUACAUGGAGUGGAGGGGCGGAGGAGGAGGAUAGCAGGGCAGGUGGGGUGGAGCACACCAACCAUGGUGGUGAUGCUGGUGGUGGUGAGAGCGAUGGCGAUGCGGCUAUGCACGCCAUUCAAGAACAGGCCAUCCUGAGCCGCAUGGCGAGUCAGGAAGCUAGUCAAGGCGGCACAGUUGGCACAGGCAGCACAGCCGUCCCCCCCAGCCACACAGACAACCGCAGGGAUGCUCCUUCGAGGUGCGUUGAGGUGCUCCCAGGCUGGGCAGGCCUGCCCUUCGUGGCAGUGGUGGUGGUGGUGGCGAAUCUACCCUUCCUGCUUGCCUUCUUCCUCCGCAACAUCGCCGGCAAGAACAAGGCUGUUGUCUACCAGCUCCCCUCGUCCACCUCAGCCCAUGGCACGUGGCACAUCACAGACCCUGCCACGUGUCCAGCUUUCAUUGGCAGUUGGGGGCUGCUAUUCGAGUCUCAGUGGGGUGGCACCCGGAACGGAGGAGCAGCCGUGGUCCAAACCACCGGUGCAGCAAGUGCAUACGGCCACAGCACAGCAGACAGCCACUCGGCCAUGGGUAGGCUGUGGCGUGGGUUGCAAUGGGCGUCGGGGUGGGCAGGCAUAGCCCACGUGCCUCUGGACCUCUGCCUGCGCUGCUCCCUCGCUGUGGUUGUAGCCAGCUACAGCUGGAUGGCCCGCCCUGCCAGCUCAGCAGAUGCUACCAGGGACGCGUGUGCGCAGUGCACAGUGCUGCUGGUGCUGGCGUGCUGCCACCUGCUCUACCUCGCGCUCGCCCGUCCCUUCAUCAGCAUGACCCUGCUCCUCUCCGCCCUCCUCGCCUCCGCCUCCCACGUCUCUCUCUUCGCCGUCGGCCUCGCCAUUGCCUCUGGCGCCAUUCCCCCCUCUGCCGCUGCAGCAGCAGGGGCAGGGCUGCAGGCACUGCUGCUGGUGUCGUUUCUGGGCCAGCUGGCUUGUUUUCUCCGUGCCCUCAUGAAGGAUACAGCAGGGGUGGGGGUGAAGUACUAUGAAGGCGCGUUUGGGAGAAGCAAAAGGCUGGGAGGAGAGGGGAAGGCGGGGAAUGGCAGGGGAGGAGGCCAGCGGGAAGGGGAUGGAGAAGUGGGUUAUGAGGGGUCAGUGAGUGAUUCGGGUGGCACGGACCGGUCGGUGACUCUGACUGGAGGCUUUCUGGGCGGCCUCUCCCUGCUCGCCUACGGCCUCGUGCUCCUCUUCCUCGGCCCCUUUGGCUUCGCCUCCCCCAUAUCUGAUUCCGAUUCUGAUAGGGAUCUGGGCGGCGAGUCUGCGAGCCACCCCACCGCUCUCACCCCCACCGCUCUCACCCCCACCGCUCUCACCCCCACCUCCCACACCCCCACCUCCCACACCCCGACCACUCCUCUCCCUCACAAAUCCCUCGAUGCCAAUUCCGAUACCAACCCCUCUCUAUCCCUCUCUCCUUCCCCCUCGCACACUCCUGCUCCUAGAAAACCGCACCGCCUGCCGUCCCUCCCUGAAGCGCCUCAGAGCGCCUCUCCCGACCCCCGCCGGCCCUACACCCCGCAGACCAGAGAGGUGAAGAACGGUUAUGCGUGGUCCAGCAGGUACGCCGCGUACGGCACAGACACUGAAGCUUCUAGGGAAGCUUCCGAGGCGUCCAGUGCCACAGCUGCCGUCCCUUCCUACCCCUCUGCCCUCACAGUGGACGCGGCUGUAGCGGCCAUGGCUGCUGCAGCAGGGGGCGACCCCGCUCUACAGCCGCUACAGCCGGGCAUAUGGGGCAUGGUGGCUGGCGCUGCUGGGUCCAUCAUGGGAAGCUUCUGGGGUGCUUCCCCCGGGGAUGAGAGAAGGGUGGAGGGCUCUCUCUCACAGCAAAAUGGUUCCAUGUCACAGACUCUCACACCCCUCUCGUCCGUGUCUACCCCUCCCUCCCUCUCCUCGCCCUCCACCUCUCCUUCUGCGCUCUCGAACACCCUCUCUAAUGACAAACAGCCGUCCACACUCUCUCGCAGCAUCACCCCCCUCGCCUCCCUCACUCCCGCCUCCUCGCUCUCCCCUCUCUCCUCCGCUGCGCCUCUCUCCUCCCUCUCCUCGCCCCAAUCAAGCUGUGACACGUCAGCAUCCAGCUCAGAGGCAGCAGGGACGGGGUAUGAACAGGGGACGCUGAAGGAGGUGGGUGGGCGGAAGGAGGGGCCGGAGACAGCAGCGCUGGCACUGCCGCCAAAUCGGGGUGGCUCGUUUGGGAGAGGGGGAGGAAAAGGAGGGCAGGGAGGAGAUGGGGAGGUGGGGAAGGUGGAUGCAGGGCAGAUUACCCCGUCUCCCUCUCAGUCCAACUCCUACUCUCACGGCCCGUCCAGGUCGGGCCUGCGGCUGCGAUCGUGGACCAAGUCCAGAUCUCGCUCCCAGACGCACUCAGGUGCUUUCUCAGGUGCCCACUCAGAUGCUCGCGCUGCGUCGGGCUCCAGCGGGCAGCCGAACAGGCAGGUUAACGGGCAGGCAGGGUCCUUUUCAGGGUCGGAGGGUGGUUCGUGUGGCGAUGACUUGGCGAAUGAAAGGGCAUACUCGAAUGGUAAAGGGUCGUCACACGACUCGCUUUCAGACUCGUUCUCCUCUUCCUUCACCACCUCGAUAGAGCCCACCCCCAUACAGUCACUCUCCCCUCUCUCCACCUCGCUGCUCUCCCCGUCCGCCCUCUCUGGCUCCCUGUCUGCAUCAGAGGGAGGGGGUUUGAGUGCUGUAAGGGAGGAGAUUGAACGGCGGAUUAUGGAGACGAGCAGGGCACUGGAGACUGAGGGGAAGGUGGAGAGGAAGAAAGGCGAGGGCGACUGGGGAGGGAGGCAUUGGGGGAGAGAGGGCAAAUGGGAGGAGGAAGAGAAGGAAAAGGAGGUUGGUGAAGAAGGGGAGGAGGAGAGGAGAGGCGAGGAGGAGAGGAGAGGCGAGGAGGAGAGGGACGAGAGUCCGCUGAGGAGAAUGCCGGUGUGGGGCGAUGAGGCAGAUGACACCAGUGCCACCUCGCCCUCGCCCGUUGGGGGUGGGAGGAUGGGCAGGGCGGGCAGGGGUCUGCCUGAUAGGGCAGGUGCAAGGCAUGGUGAAGCUGACUCACCACCUGUUGCACGGACCGUUGCAGCAGUUCCGAAAGCAGUGCCCACAGCAGCCGAGGGGGAGGAUGCAGAUGAGGAGGCAGCAGGCGAACAUCACAAGUCUCUGCAGCCUCCCACGGGAGGCUCGGCACGCCGUAGCUGUGACAACUCUGGCUCGGAAAGCUCUUGGUCCGGUGGAGCAGGGAAGGAAGGGACGUGGCAGAAGGAGGGUGGCCUGGGUGGGGUGGCGUCAGGAGCAGCAUUUAGUGCCACGUGUCAGAAUCCUAGUGGCUCGUGGACGAGCUAUGACAUCCAGGUGUCUGCCUCUCUCUCUGACUCCAAGGGACAGACAUCCAUCCCUUCUCCCUCCAACCCUUCCCCGCCCUCCUCCCCCUCCUCCCCCUCUUCCCCCCACCCUUCCUCACCCCUCCUUUGCCCCUCCCCCUCCGCCUCGCCGUUCCUCCCCUCUGACAUCCAUCCCUUCUCCCUCCUCCCCCUCCUCCCCUUCCUCCCCUUCAUCCAUCCCUGCACCCUCCCCCUCCGCUUCUCCGUUCCUCCCCUCUGGUAG